GAGUUGUGCUACUGUAUAUAGUAUAUACUGUGGUCAGGUUUCUUUCUGGCUUUUGGUAAUAUAAAUCACAUUUUUACAUUGACACUUUUAAAUUAACUGCUGGCAAUGGCAACAAAACACAACUAUAAUUAUGAAGAAAUCUUGAAAUGGCAUCCGGAGAUAAUACUUACCUCAGAAUCCCCUGUCACUUGGCAAGGCUUUCUACUUGUCUCAGAAUUGUAUUCUGCUGGGAAUAUUCGAUGUCCCAGAGUAAAAGUGAAAUUAGUUAUGCCCAAUUAUCCAUCAUUUGAUAAAGCGCAAAUCAGCUUUGGCAAGCAUAUUGCUUUUCUGCGGAACAUAGAAUUCAGCAGAGAAGUGAAGAAGUCAAUGAAGUCUAAAAAAAGAACUGUAUCAUCAUUUUUGUCGCAGUUACAAUUACUUACUGGUAAAUAUAUACAUAAUACAAGUAGUAAAGUUUGUAUACCGUUUGAUUUUGAAUCUACAAGAGACUUUUUAUUUGAUAUAAAAGCAGCUGUUCAGAAUCAGUCCGAUGUGCAAUUGUCAUGCGAUCGAAAUCUGAAUACUAUCAAAUUAUCCUUAAGAGAAAUAUUUCUUACAUUGCAAAGAUGCAAAGAUAUUGACAUUCCCUGGAAAGUAGUAUCUUCUAACAUGCCUGAAAACUUAGAGAAGAUAGUAUUGAGCAAAAAUUUGAAUGCUGUGGCGACAAAGUUCAAAUGGCAAGUGGAAAUAUUGGAAAGAGCAUGGGAACAAUUGAAAGAAAUUGACGAGAAUUGUUGGGUAAUUGACCCACCAAAACCAAACAAAAGUCACGUGCACAGACGCAUUCAUUUGUCGCAAUCUAUAUCUGUAACAAUUACAAUAGAUCCCAUUGCUCCUACUGUUGCGCCGACAAUUCAGUUCUCAGGCAGCGAUAACGAGGUGAAACGACAAAUGGAAGAUGUUUCCAAUAAUAUUCAUAACUGGAAUCCGGAUUGUAAUAUUUUAGAUAAUCUGAGGAUGUUGUUAAAUAUGUACACAUUUCCCGAGCAGCAGGACAGUUUGGACGAUUUGCAAGGCAUUAUCAGUAAUCGUGAAUGUGGUAUAUGCUUCUCCGAAACAUCGGAAACUGAUGAAUUGCCAAAUAAGAUAUGCAAUAAUCAAAAGUGCAUGAAACACUUUCAUUCAGUAUGUUUAUCAAAGUGGUUACAAACUAACGCUGCGAAUCAAGUUGUGUUUAGUCAUAUCUAUGGCAAUUGUCCACAUUGCAAGGAAGAUAUUGCCUGUCCCAUUGAAUGUUGAAGGCAAAUAUUAACUUAUUUUUUACAACACUGAGAGGCACGUGCGCUACCGACCUAAAUCCCAUAACAAGAUGCACUCUUGUCAGUUCUGUUUCGUCAUCAAC